ACAAGCUAUCAACUGCAUGGUCAUGGCCGGUGAGAGCUUGACGGUAGAUUUUCGAUUCAAUGAAAAUGAAAUGUAAUCAUGUCGAGACUUUCCGGGUUUUUAGGAAAAUUGAACAAUGCAACGUGCUUGAUACCUGUUCGACGAAUUGCCCGAUCAAGGAGCUGAUUACGUUAUAUAAAAUAAAGAGAUGAAACCUGCAUGUGGAACGAUCCAUUUCAGUUCUGAAGUGUUUUGAAGAAGGGGAGAAGUAAGGAUUAUUGGCUUUGCUGUUUUAAGUUUUAACUCUUUUCUGUCCCCAUGAAAAGGUUGCAGAGUAAUCUGAAAUGGUGCGAUGGUUAUGUCAAAAGAGGCAUUCAAAGUAUGGUAAUGUGUGGUCAAAAGUUUGAUGAUUCAUUGAAUUUCACCAUAAGAUCUUUGUGCAAGCAGAAUCUUUUCAAAGAAGCUCUCCGGGCAUUCGAUCAAUUCGAAAAGAAUGCAGAUUGUGUGUUAGAAUUAGGGACAUAUGCUAAUUUGUUCAAUGCAUGCUCAUUGUUGAAAUCUUUUGAAUAUGGGAAGAGAAUUCAUAGCCAUGUCUCGAAGUCGAAUUUGCUGCCGAAUAUGAUUCUGGAGAAUCAUAUCAUCAAUAUGUACGGAAAAUGUGGUUCGACAAAGGAUGCGAGGAAAGUAUUCGAAAAUAUGAGGGAGAGAAAUGUGGUAACAUGGACUGCUCUACUUGCAGGAUACUCAAAUCGGGGACUAGAUAUUGAGAGCGUCGAUUUGUAUAUCCAAAUGCUGCAAUCUGGUCUCAUCCCCGAUCACUUUACGUUAGGAAAUGCGAUUAAGUCUUGUGCAAGUUUGAUGGAAGAUCGACUAGGAGUGCAAUUACAUGUCCAUGUGAUUAAAUCAGAGUUUGGUUCCGAGAAAAUAGCCCAACAUGCUUUGAUCUCAAUGUAUGCCAAGUUUUGUCGGAUGAAUGAGGCUCGUAAGAUCUUCUAUCGGAUCAAGAGUAAGGAUUUGGUUUCGUGGAGUUCGAUGAUUUCCGGGCUUGCGAAAACUGGUUAUGAGUUGGAAUCUUUGUGCUAUUUCAAGAAAAUGUUGUUUUACGGUACCUAUAAGCCGAAUGAUUUUAUUUUCGGCAGUGUUUUGAGCGCUUGCAGCGCUCUUGAUCAGCCUGAAUACGGAAAACAGAUACACGGGAUGAGUAUAAAGCACGGCUAUUGUAAAGAUAUUUACGCGGGCUGCGCAUUGACGGAUAUGUAUGCGAAAUGUGGUUUCUUGUAUUCGGCGAAAGCAGCUUUUGAUCAGAUCGAAAAUCCCGAUAUUGCCGCUUGGAAUGCGAUGAUUUCAGGUUUUGCAUACGGUAACCAUUCGAAUGAAGCUAUGUCGAUUUUCUGUCAGAUGCGGCAUUCUUGUUCAGCUCCCGACAACGUCACGGUUCGAUCUUUGCUUUGCGGAUUCGUCUCUCGAUCUUCGUUGUCUCGAGGGAGACAAGUGCACGCCUAUGUCGUAAAGACGGCGCUCGAUUUGGACCUACCGGUGUGCAACACGGUACUGACGAUGUACGCUAAUUGCUCGGAUUAUACGGAUGCGUUCAAAAUGUUCGACGAGAUUCGAGGUAACGCCGAUCUCGUCUCUUGGAAUGCUAUAAUUACGAUGUGCUUGCACCAGCAUUUGUCGUCGGAAGUUUUCGCGUUAUUCAGACGUAUGCGGCAGUUUGAAAUAGCGCCCGAUCAUAUCACUUUAACCGGCGUGCUCGUCGCUUCUGGAAAAGUUUCGUCUUUAGAGACAGGAGAUCAAAUUCAUUGUUUAGCUGUAAAGUACGGGCUCGAUUUCGACAUCAAGGUUGCGAACGCGUUGAUCGACAUGUACGUGAAGUGUGGAUCCCUCGAACGAGCGAGAAAGCUCUUCGACGACAUGGAAAAUCCCGACGUAUUCUCGUGGACUAGUUUGAUCGUGGGCUACGCGCAAUUCGGGUACGGCGGAGAAGCUCUGAAUCUCUUCCGGCGAAUGAAGAUCCGAGGCGUAAACCCGAACGAAGUGACAUUCGUCGGCGUCCUGACGGCGUGCAGCCACGUAGGACUCGUCGAAGAAGGCAUGCAGCUGUUCAAAUCGAUGGAGCACGAGCACGGCGUAAUCCCGACGAGAGAGCAUUUUUCGUGCAUCGUCGAUUUGCUCGCUCGGGCCGGACAUAUCCACGAUGCGGAAGCUUUUAUUGAUCGGAUGGGAUUCGAGCCCGACAUUGUGAUGUUGAAGAGUCUUCUGGCUUCUUGCAGAGGUCGCCGCAGCGGCGGCGGCGGCGACGUCGGGAAGAGAGUUGCUGAGAAGGUCUUGAGGAUCGAUCCUACGAAUUCAGGUGCACAUUCUUUGAUUUGUAGCUUAUAUGCUUCUGCUGGGGAUUGGGAAAAUGUGGCAAUGGUGAGGAGUUGGAUGAGGGAGAAGGGUGUGAAGAAAGUGGGUGGAAGAAGCUGGAUUGAAAUCAAGGAUAGAAUUCAUGUGUUUUCCGCCAUUGAUGGACUGCAUCAAGAAAGGGGGAAGGUGUUUGCAAUGGUGGAGGAGCUAUGGCUGCAGAUUGUCGAUGCUGAUUAUGAUCCACUCUUGAGAAUAAGCCAUGGAUGACUUUGAUAAAAACUGAAGUGGCGAUGAAAUUCAAUCUCUUUCAUUUUCUGCAGAAGUUUUAACAGUAUUUACUGCCUACAUGUCACGUGCAUUGCACGUGACUGCGUCAACAGAAAUACAGAAUGUAUAUGUAAAAGUUACUCAGCUUCACAGCCGUCGAGAGCCCAAAAGACGGAGAUUAAUGGCGGAGGACGAUUACAUGGGAGACCUCUCUCAAUUUCUGCCUCCUAACGCCUCUCAACCUUCCUCGAAAAAGGGUUCUAGGGAGAACAAUGUGGUUUCGAACUCUUCAGGCAAGAAAUCCAAACCUCGAAGCUGGCAGGAGCAGAGGAAACUCAAACGAGAGCGUGAUCAAGUAGAGGAGGAUAUACAGACGAUGGAAAAUUUGGGUUCUGCAAUACCGCA